CCUGAAGCUGUGGUGGGAGGAGGUGAAGGGGGAAAGAAGAGGAGACACAGCGAGGGCUGCAAGAGUGGCCGGUGCUCGCCAUGGGCCCUCUGCAGCUCUGGCUGCUGCUGCUCCUGCUGAGCAGCGAUGUUCUCGCUCAAGAAGAGGGGCCUGAGAACGGAAGUCCCAGCUGCUCAAAAGAGGCAACCAGAUUUAAGCACCUCAGAAAAUACGUUUACACCUAUGAAGCAGAAACCGCAAGUGGAGUGUCCGGAACAGCAGAUUCACGAACUGGCUCCAAAAUGAACUGCAAGGUGGAACUGGAGGUCCCACAGCUGUGCAGCUUUAUCCUGAAGACAAGCCAGUGCACCCUGCGGGAGGUAUUUGGUACGGAUGCUGAGGGAAAGGCUAUGCUGAAAAAAUCUAAGAACUCAGAUGACUUUGCCAGUGCUAUGUCCCAGCAUGAGCUGAAAUUUAACAUGCAGGAUGGGACAAAAGUCCAGCUCUACCCUGAGAAGCACGAGUCUGUGAAUAUUCUUAACAUCAAGAGGGGGAUCAUUUCAGCUCUUCUGGUGCCAAUGGAAACAGAAGACAAAACCAAAAUUGUUCCCAUGGAUACUGUCUAUGGAAAAUGUGACACUGAAGUUGAAGUCAGGACCAGAAAAGGAAGCAUAGCAACAGAUAUUUCAAUGAACAGAAACCUGAAAACCUGUGAUAACUUCAAUCCUGUUAGAGAACAUGUCAGCCCAAUUGCCCUUAUAAAGGGACUGGAUAGUCCCUUGUCAACCCUGAUCAAGAGCACUCAGUACUGUCAGUACUCUAUUGAUACCAAGAGACGGCACGUGUCUGAAGUGGUGUGUAGUGAAAAACACCUGUUCCUGCCUUCCUCGUACAAAAAUCGGUAUGGAAUAAUGACACAAGUUACACAGACACUGAAGCUCGAAGACACCCCAAAGAGCAACAGCAGAACCUUUGAUGAAGCUGCACUGGAAAAGAGAGGACUUUCACUUGAAAAUUCGAAUGCUAAAUCUUCAAAGUUUGGAGAUUCUGUUCUGAAAACCCUUGAGGAACUACAGAAGCUAUCCUCUUCCCAGAACAACCAGCAGAGACCAAGGCUCUUUUACAGAUUUGUAUCCGGUCUUAGAAGCUUACACAAUGACACGCUUGGUUCUCUUGUUCCAAAGAUGAUUGAAACUUCCAGUUCUAUCACGAUACAGGCUCUGACUCAGUGCGGUACCCUAGAGUGCUACAGUGCCAUCCUACAGAUACUGCGAAGUGGCCACGUCAGUCCUCUUGUAGCAGACAUAGUUACAUACACACUUGGAUUGGUGCCUUCUCCAUGUCCGAAAAGACUACGGGAAAUUCUUAACAUGGCCCAGCAUCUGCGAAGUCGAGCUUCUUUUUAUGCCUUAAGCCACACUGUUAAUGGAUUCUACAGAGAGAGGAAUAUUAUAACAGAAGAAGUGAAGGAUGUUGCAAAAUUCAUGGAAUCACUGCUUGGCAAUGAGUGCUCUGGAGAUAAUGAACUAGCCUACCUCACACUAAGGGCUAUAGGAAACAUGGGCAGUGUACUGGAAGAAGCUCAUCCGAGUCUGAAAUCUGCUGUUAGGACCUGCAUCCAAAGUGAAGCUGCAACACUUUCAGUUCAGAAAUCAGCCAUCCAGGCCUUGCGGAAAAUGACUCUUACUGAAGAGGACCGUGCAGUGCUGCUUACAAUUUUCCAAGAAGCUGAUGCUCCAGUUGAAAAACGUCUGGCAGCCUAUCUCAUGAUCAUGAAAAAUCCUUCCCAGUCUGAUCUUGUUAAAAUUGUGAAAACUGUCUCAAAGGACAAGAAUGAACAAGUGAAAAGUUUUGUCAGCUCACACAUUACCAACAUUUUGGACUCUGAAGAAAUAGGCAUUGAAUUCCUGAAAAACAAAUUACAAGAAGCUUUUAAAGGAUUCCAGAUUCCAACAGCCAGGGAUUUCAAAAAGUUCUCACGGAAUUAUCAGAUUUCCAAAAAUGUGUCUCUGCCAGGAAAUAACUCUUUCUCCGCCAGAGUGGAAGGGAACCUCUUAUUUGAGCCAAACAAUGCUGUUCCUAAAGAAACCAUGUUAAAAACUACUUUGCAAGUGUAUGGGUUUAGUCCAAUGGAUAUCUUUGAGAUCGGCUUGGAUGGAAAGAACUUUGAGCCAACACUAGAAGCACUGUUUGGACAACAAGGGUUUUUCCCUGACAGCACCAGCAAGGCUUUGUAUUGGAUCGAUGGCCGAGUUCCAGAGCAGGUUUCCAAAAUGCUCUUUGAUUAUUUUGGUUACUCCAGGAAAAACGUACAGGAACAGGAGCUGAUGACUGGACUAACACGUAAUCUUGAAAAACUGAUAAAAGAAGUGGGAAACAAAGACUUCCCUGAAGCUAGAGCUUACCUCCAAAUACUUGGAGAAGAACUAGGGUACAUGAAACUCAAUGAUUUCAAGCUUCUUGGUAAUAUGCUUUUAAAGACCAUUAAAACUCUGCUGAGCAUUCCAGAAAAGAUUGUGCAAGCCAUCUCAAAAGGCACCGAGGCAGAUUUAUUUGUUCACUACAUGUUUAUGGACAAUGAAUUUGAGCUACCAACUGGAGCAGGAUUUCAACUCCAGGUUGCUCUAUCUGGAAUUAUGACCCCUGGAGCCAAAGCCGGGAUGAAGAUGCACCAAAAGCACAUGCAUGCAGAGCUGAUUGCUAAACCCUCAGUGGGAAUUGAAUUUAUUAGUCAUGUGGGAAUAAACAUCCCAGUGUUUGCUAGAAGUGGUGUGCAGAUGAACUCCAUUAUCUACCAUGAGUCUGGAUUUGAAGCCCAUAUUGGCAUGAAAGAUAGACAGUUAAAAUUCAGCAUCCCUGCUCCAAAGACUCCAACCAAGCUAUUCAGUAUCAGUAACACAUUACAUUUGGUUUCACCAACCAAAACUGAAGUAAUUCCACCUCUGAUUGAGAACAGAGAGUCAUGGACAUCUUGCAAACCUCUCUUCACUGGUCUAAAUUACUGUACCAAGGUAGAAUACUCUAAUUCCAGUACCACAGAGGCAGCACCGUACUAUCCACUGACUGGAGAAACCAG